AAGAAAAUGAUUUGAAUUUAAAAAAGAAAAUAUUUUAACAUAAAUAACAUGCAUGUUAUUGUGUAAAGUAUUUCUAAUUCUUCUGUGAAUUAACAGCUGUGUGAUAUUUUUUUUUCUUGUAGUACGGUGGUAAUCCAGUGGCUUGCAGUGUGGCAAAUGCAGUUCUUGAUAUAAUUGAGAAUGAAAAUCUACAGCAACAUGCUCUAGAGCUUGGUGACUACCUGAAGGAAAAGCUCCUACAGCUACAAACCAAACACAGACUUAUUGGAGAAGUCAGGGGUAUGGGACUGUUCAUUGGAGUAGAGUUGGUGACUGAUCAAACAACAAAAGAACCAGCCACAGAGGAAGCCAAAAGAAUUACUUACAAGGCUAAAGACAGGUUUGUUCUCAUAUCUGCUGAUGGACCCCACAAUAAUGUGUUAAAGAUCAAGCCUCCAAUGUGUUUUGCAAAGAAAGACGCGGACCACCUGUGCUCAGUUUUAGACGAGGUACUGGGAGAAGUGGAAGAAUGCUAGUAAACGACACAGCAAAACAAAACAAGAGAACCAGUAAAUAUACUCAAGAACAUGCGAUGCAUUCCAUACAUAAUCAUUCCUCAUGGAAGUGACGCUGGGUGAACAGUGUGAAUUUAAUUGAUGCAUUUGUAUGCGUGUGAUGAGUGCAUCAACUCAUUUACAAAGUUAAAUGAGUAAAUGAAUCUCGUUCACGACCCUUUUUCAAAUUUACAUGUUUUAUUUAUCUAUUUUUAUUGAGAGGUUAAAUUAAGGAAGCAUGUCCGUGUUUGUUACACUUGCUGUUACAUUAUUAUUUAAUCAUAAACUCUUACAUACUUUUGAAAUCUUGAUAGAAGCUUAUUUUUGUGUUUCAUACAACAAAUUGCUGUCCAGACAGACCAGUCAGGUGGUAGCUCCUUUGGUUAUUUCCGAGGUUUGUCAAUGGUGCAAUUUUUUUGGGGAGGGGCUAACUGUAGUUAUCAGCCAUUAAGGUAUUUUUCUAAUGCCAUAAACACGGUUAUUAUCCUCAAAGUACACAAAAGUGUAGCUUAGAUUUUGGAUAUCAGUAAAUUUAAUCAGUGGUACAUUCUUGGAUUUUGGAUGAGACUUGACAAUAGUAAUGCUCUGGGUUAGAAAUGAAUAUUUUAAAGGAUUUUGAAACGGGCUUUAUUCGCAAAGUUUAGCGGAUAAAAUAUAGUUAAGCUAGUACUUUUUUCUAGGAUUGAAUUUCUUGUGCAGUUUAUUUGUCUGUAUAUCUUAUGUUGGUGACUUAUGUCGAAAAGGUGUGAAAAUGAGCUAUCAAUCGAUAAAAAUGCCUUCAGAGUGUGUGCGCAAUUCUUCGUAUAUCAAGACCAAAACAUUUUAUGAAUAAACCGGUUUUAUCGCUAUUUAAUAUAUUACUGCUAUUUUGUUAAAAUAAUUUGGCUGCCCGCCCCCUCGGUUUCUAUCGACUUCGAAUCGCCGCUUCCGGUAACUGUUAUCUGGUAAAAGCCUUGCUCGCAGUCAAAUUAUAAGAGCUUAUUAAUAUAUAGAGAUGCUGGAAUGAAAGUAAAAUGAUAUUUCCUUAAUAAAACCUAAUUUAUAAUUUUUAAAAACAUGUCUUGUUGUUUGAUUCAAUGUUAGUUAUGUACUUCUCCCCGUUGUUUGUCCUGAUGACGUGCUCAACGUUCGUGCGCUAGCGUUCAGUUAGUUAGGGCGCAGCGCGAAAAACGGCGAGCGAAAACAUAUGGGCGAAGUGCGGCGAUACAAAGCGUUCUUUCUCUUCCUCUCGCCGCACUUCUCCUGAACGCCUGGAAGAGGCUAAGUUAGUACUAAAAGUAAUCGUACAAAUGGCAACAUGGCUCACACAAGAAUAAUGUAUUCCCAUGGAGGGGUUUUGACGUCCGUAGCUCAAUUUGAUUAUUUUAUAAGUUCUUUUCACUUUUUUAUUAGUUUGUUUAUGUUUGUGUCAUCCAUUUAUAAAUAUAUUUACAGAAAUUUCAAUCUGUAAGGUAGGGAAGCCCAGGGAAGCCAAUUAUAAUAAGGCUUAUUUAGCUUACCCACAAACGAAGGAAACUAGAGUUUUGAAGCGGGAGCGAACCACCGUUAGGGAAAGGGGCAAGACAACGCCUUGCAGAGUUAGCUUUUACAUCGAUUUGUCUUUGCAAUUUUUGGAUUAAGAAAAGUGAGGUUUGUCCAUAAAGUUACACUAAACGCGAGUACAGGAUGUUGUGGUGUGCGUGUGGUUUAUCAUGUGUUGAUUCUUGUUUCGGGUCACUGGCGAUCAACACUGCACCAAAGAAAUCAAUAUCCUAGCACCAAUUACGUAUUAGCAGACUGACUUUGACCCAGGGAUUUUGACCGGCAUAUCAGUAAUAAUUGUACGACUUCAGAACGAAUAAAAUCUUUGAAUUAUACUGAUUGCACUUCUAACUAUAAUCAUCAGUUAACAAAACGCCUUGUGUAGCGCAAUCCCAGCGCAAUUGAUGACAUUUAUAUGGACAACAAUUUUGGGAAUUAAAGUUAUUUAAACUUCCCGUUUGAAGCUUAUGGGGUGUAUACACAAAUGCAUUCUUUAUGUGCAUGACUUACUGGGUGAGACUGACACAAACAACCUCUGCUUGUUUGACUCCCUUGUGUUUUCACCGAGUGAGUAGUCUUUCAGCGACACCCUGUUUCGUUUCAAGAACUCCUUUUCUCACAGCAGGCCCGUGGAGCAGGUAGUGUUUGCGUUCGAUUAGCUAGGGACCUUACUCCCCGGCGCAACAGCAAACCGUCAGUUCACUGGUAAAACCAUAUGACGCCAAAAUGGAAGACAAAAUUUCGGAGAUUACAGAGCAGUGCAAGCAACAUCUCAAGAUUGCAAAAGAAGUGGGUGACAGAUCUCGAGAGGGACGUGCCUGUCAUAAUCUUGGAAUUAUUUAUGGUAGAUUUGGUGAUUUGAAACAAGCCAUGGAGUGUCACAAGCAACAUCUUAGAAUUAGCGGAGAGUUGGGAGAUUUGGCCGGAGAACGACUUGCCUAUGGAAGCCUGGGAAGAGUUUAUCGCUCUCUUGGCAGCUUUAAACAAGCUAUAGGGUGCCACACAAAGCAACUUGCCAUAGCCAAACAAGUAGGGGAUAGAGGUGAAGAAGGAGCGGCAUAUAGAGACCUUGGAAACGCUUAUGAUUGUACCGGUGACUCAAAACAAGCUAUAGAGUACCAGACGCAAAGUCUUCAAAUUUUCAGGGAAUUGGGAGACAGAGAUGGAGAAGGAGGUGCAUAUGCAAAUCUCGGCAUUGCGUUUGGACAACUCGGCGACUCUAGGAAAUCCAUAGAGUACCACAUGAAACACCUUGCUGUUGCAAAAGAAAUGGCAAAUAAGGAUGGUGAAGGAGCUGCCUACAACGGUCUCGGCAAUGCUUAUAACAGGCUCGGUGAAUUCAAAAAAGCUAUGCAUUAUCACAAGCUUAGCCUCGAUAUUGCUAAGCGAACGAUGGACAGAGCUGGAGAAGGAGGAGCCUAUUCCAACCUUGGUAGUGAUUAUAGCAAUCUGGGCGAUUUUAAGGAAGCUAUCAGAUGUCACAAGAUGAGUCUUGACAUCGCCAAAGAAUUGGGAGACAGAGCUGGAGAGGGAAGCGCCUACUGCAACCUCGGCGGUGCUUACCAGGAACAAAGUGAUAUCACCCAAGCGAUUGAGUGCCACACGAAGAGUCUAGAUAUUGCCAAAGAAGUGGGAAACAAGGCUGGAGAAGGGCGUGCUUAUGGCAAUCUAGGAAAUUGUUAUCAUAGCCUCGCGGAUUUUAAAUUAGCAAUCGAGUACCACCAGCGAGAUCUUAAUAUUGCCAUAGAACUGGGCUACAAGGCUGGGGUAGCACGGGCCAAAUGCAAUCUUGGAAAUGCUUUCCAUAGUCUUGGCAACUUUAAACAAGCCAUUGAGUGCCACAAAGAAGGACUUGCUAUUGACAAAGAUUUGGGAGACAGGGCUGGAGAAGGACGUUCGUACAGCAAUAUUGGAAUUGCUUAUAGCGGCCUCGGUGAUUUUAAAGAAGCCCUUGAGUACCUGGAAAAGUAUCUUUUUAUUGCCUCAGAAGUGGGGGACAAGGCUGGAGAAGGAAGUGCUUACGGCAAUCUUGGAUGUAUUUAUCGUAACCUCGGUAACUUUAAGCAAGCUAUAGAGUGCCACAAACAAUGCCUUAGCAUUUCACAAGAAAUAGGAGAUAAGGCUCAAGAAGGACGUGCCUAUGAAAAUCUCGGCGCUGCCUAUAACAGUCUUGGUAAUUUUGACCUCGCCAUCUGGUACCAAAAGAAGGCUCUUUGCAGAGCCUCAGAACUGGAAGAUAGGGCUGGCGAGGGACGUGCCAAUUGCAAUCUUGGACUUGCCUAUCAAAAUAAGGGUGAGUUUGACAAAGCCGCUGAGCACCAACGCGAAAACCUAAGGAUUUCCAACGAUAUUGAGGACAGGGCUGGUCAAGGAAUCGCCUAUGGCAAUCUUGGCAAUAUUUAUCACAGCCUCGGUGAUUUCAGAAAAGCUAUAGAGUACCACAGUCUUCAUCUUGGCAUUGCUAGAGAAGUGGAAGACAGAGCUGGUGAAGGAACUUGCUACGGCAAUGUUGGGAAUGCUUUCUUUCGUCUCGGUGAUUAUAACCGAGCUGUAGAGUACCACAGGCAGCUUCUCGCCAUUGCAGACGAAACGGGUAAUGCGGUUGAACAAGCACGGGCCUAUUAUUCUCUUGGUCGUGAUUUUGAAGUCUUACCUUCUUUAUGCGAGGCUCUCAAAUGUUAUAGAUCGAGUGUGAAGGUCUAUAACGAAAUCAGAGCUCUUCUUCAGUCUGAAGAUCAAUGGAAAAUUAGCUUUCGUAAUCGAAAUGAAGAUGCGUACAGUGCCCUGUGGAGAACUCUUCUGAAGAAUGGCGACAUGGAAGAGGCGUUGUACGCAGCCGAGCAAGGAAGAGCACAAGGUCUGAUUGAUCUACUGAAGUUACAGUAUGGCUUUACGAUGCUACCUUCGGUCUCAUCUCAACUUGUGGAAGCUAGUAUUUCUGAUAUAUUAAGAGAUAUAUCCACACAGACAGUUUUUCUAGCACUCCAAGGUGACACAAUCAAUUUCUGGGUACUGAACAAAGGACACGAGGUUACUUUUCGUCAAAAGGAAGUAGAGGAUGGAUGUGCAAUGGAUGACGCUGCUACUUAUGUACAGGAUUUGAAGAAUGCUUUCCAGGAAAACGAACUUGGCCGUGGUGCUGCUAAAUGCGAGGAUCGUUCGUUGGAUGGGUUGAGAGGUGAUGAUGAUCAGCAAUUUGAAAAACAGGCAUUAGAUUCAUCACACUGUGACGGCAAUUCGUUGCGUCAGUUACACGAUUUUGUUGUCGGUCCUAUUAAAGACUUACUCCAAGGUGAAGAAGUCAUUAUUGUUCCGGAUGGUCCAUUAGGCUUGGUUCCUUAUGCCGCCUUUGUUGAUCCGGCUGACUCCAGAUACCUCAGUGAAUCUCUCAGGAUCCGCAUUCUUCCCUCCCUAACAACUAUUAAGUUGAUUGCAGAGUCUCCUGAAAGCUUUCACGAAACGAGUGGGGUCCUGCUGGUGGGCGAUCCAAAUUUAAAAGAAAUAACCAAGGGAGGCAAGCCCAUUUUGGCACAGUUGCCGUACGCCAGAGAUGAAGUCACGAUGAUUGGUGAAAUCUUAAAUACCACACCUCUCACAGGAGCAGAAGCAACUAAAUAAGAAGUGCUAAAACGAAUGA